GAUGGGGCGUGAACGGUUGGUCGAGAAAGAUUGGAACCGGCUUUGAGGUGCAGUAGGUGAGCUCGAGCGUGCUAGAUCCGAUGUUGGCUUGGCCGGACGAGGGAGAUGGGAGGCCAUGAGAGGUAUAAGAGCUGGAGGGAUCCCGCCGCAUGGAGAGUGCCGUUGAGAAAUCCAACACAAACUUCAGUCAGUCCUUACCUUUUGGUUCACACACUCUCUUUCCGAUACCUCGAGGUCGCAACGACAACUACACGCUCUCUUAACGGACAAUAUCCCUAUACACGACACAUAUACAAACGAUGCUCGGAUACCUUUCUGUCGCUCUAUUGGCCGCUGCCUCCACAGCCACCGCCUCCCUCUCCGGUUCCCAAACCGUAACCGAACACGACUACCCCUCCUACUCGGACCGUCAACAACCCCCCCUACUGCGGCCUCACCUACACCUACACCUCUUUCAACCUCAACUACGUCACCGCCGUUCAAUCCAUCGACGCCUCCACCUGUGGCUCUUGCCUCAAAGUCUGUGGUUCGACCGGUUGUCGAUACUUUUUGGCUAUCGAUAAGGGUGGACGUGGGUUGGAUGUCAGCACGGGUGGGGCGACCGAGGUGUUUGGGCAGAAUAUGGAUCCGGCGCCGGCGAGGUGGGAGGUUGUUGAUGGGGGUUUCUGUGAGUUUGUGUGGAGUGGGGUUACGGGGUAUGAUGUGAGGGCGAAUGCGGAUGGGAUGAGUUCUGCGGCUACUUCGACGGUGGAGCCGG